AAUUUCUAUGAGUUUCGAUACGAGCAUUUUCUGGAUAAUUACAGUGGCCGCCACCAUUUGUCGGUGUGUCGUCACGACGCGAAUCUAUUCGGGAGAAUAGAUUCACAAUACUUUUCUACAUAGUAGACAUAAUGUUCUCCGUUUCCGAGUACGAAAUUUGAAUGGAAAAAUUGUUAAUUUGUCGAGGUCGGUAAAUACUGUAUCAGGUAUUGUUAUUUCGUACCUUUCACGUAAGAAGAUUUACUAUGGACCAUGCAUAUUAUAACACUUAAUUUAGUGAAGUGCUCCAGUUUUGCUUGUUACGAGCUGCUGGAAUAUUGCGUUAUAUCUUUUUAUUUUGUAAUGUAUUAGAAAACCAACUGCUGUCCAUGUUUUCUUGGUAGUCGUCACCAGAGGAACCUAGAGAAUAUCUGGACAAAUUAUAAAAUUACAGACACAUUUAAAUUUAUUGCUACAUUGGUGAUGUCUUCUUUUGACAUGACGUAUUACAUGGUAUUAACAACAACAAUAUUAUUUAAUUAUGUUUAUACAGAAACUGUACAAUCAUGUGAUAGUUUAAUAUAUUGUCAAGGAAAGCUUUUAGAAACAGUACAAUCUGCUAGAAUUUUUAGUGAUUCCAAAUCUUUCGUUGAUAUGGGCCAGAGACAAUGUCCGGAAGAAACUUUAAAAAAUUUCAAGAAAUUUAUGGCUCAUCAUGAUGAUACUCCCACUUCGGAAGAUGUUGCUAAAUUUGUAAAAGAUAAUUUCAUUGAAGGUAAAGAGCUGGUCGACUGGAUACCACCAGAUUUUGUAAAAAAUCCAAGUUUUUUAGAGAAUAUUGAAGAUUUAAAAGUAAGGGCAUUUGCCCAAUCUUUAGUAAGUAUAUGGCCCGAUUUAGCGAGAAAAGUAGAUGAGUCUGUAAACAAAAAUCAAGAUAAACAUUCUCUAAUUUAUUUACCAAAUGGUUUUAUGAUACCCGGAGGCCGAUUUAAAGAAAUUUACUAUUGGGACACGUAUUGGAUUAUAAAGGGAUUAUUGCUAAGUGAAAUGAAUGAAACUGUUAAAGGUAUUUUAGAUAAUUUCCUAUCUUUGGUAAAUAGAUAUGGUUUUGUACCUAAUGGAAGUAGAGUAUAUUAUCUGAACAGAUCGCAACCACCUUUACUGUCUCUAAUGGUAUCACUUUAUAUUGACGCUACAGAAGAUAUAGAUUGGUUACGAAAGAAUAUCCAUACAUUAGAAAAAGAAUUAGUGUGGUUCUUGAAACAUAGAACUAUAAUUGUUAAUAAUCAUCGUAUGGCACGCUAUGCAUGCCAGAGUGGAACUCCGAGACCGGAAUCUUACUAUGAAGAUAUCUUGACAUGUCAGUCACUACAGAACCAUCAGAAGGAACAAUGUUAUAAAAAUAUAAAGAGUGCUGCUGAGAGUGGUUGGGAUUUUUCCUCGCGAUGGUUUUUUAAUGGUUAUAAUUACUCGCAUUCAGAGCUAUCGGACACCGACACAUUUCGAAUUAUUCCAGUCGAUUUGAACUCUUUUCUAUGUAAAGCCUUUAAGGAAAUUUCCCGCUUUUUCUCAUUGCUUAAAAAUAAAAACAAGUCGCAAGAAUGGAGUGAUAAAGCUGACAAGUUGCAGAUGGGUAUUCAAAAGUUGUUAUACUCAGAAGAAGAUGGUAUUUGGUAUGAUUAUGAUAUUAAGUCCGGGAAACACAGGAAAAUGUUCUAUCCGAGCAAUUUAACCCCUCUUUGGACAGGCGAUUUCAAUAAGACAUCUGAAACAGGCAAAAAGGUUGUGCAAUAUCUUAAAGAAAAUCAAAUAGAUGAUUUCAAAGGUGGCAUUCCAACGUCUUUAACACAAACAGGUGAACAGUGGGAUCUUCCAAACGCAUGGCCUCCUCUUCAAGAAAUCGUCAUCCUGGGAUUAAAAAAUAUCGAAGAUCCCACAGCUUCAGAUAUGGCUAAAGAUUUAGCUGCCAGGUUUGUUGGAUCGUGUAUGCUGGGUUAUGAGAAAUCAAAAGUAGUGUAUGAAAAGUAUGAUUCUACUACACCAGGGACUACUGGAGGUGGUGGAGAGUAUAACCCACAGACUGGAUUUGGGUGGACCAAUGGAGUAUUACUUUCGUUAAUAGAUACGUUUUAUAAAUUAUUGAAAACAUAAUAUAUUUGUAAAAUUAAAUUUAUCUAACUUCGUA